AUGCCGCGGGAAGCAGAGCCCUCGCUCAAUGAGCGCGCAUUUGUGCUACAAGCACUGCAGGAGGACAUUCGCAUUGAUGGACGGGCACUAGAUGAGUUUCGAGGCAUAGACUUGAAGUUCGGCCCCGAAUAUGGCGUUGCAGAUGUGCGACUAGGGAAAACAAGAGUCAUUGCUCGUAUUUCUGCCGAAGUGACAACACCGUUUCCCGACCGAAAGUUCGACGGCGUCUUCACAAUAGUUACGGAACUCAGUCCAUUAGCAUCCCCUGCCUUCGAAGUUGGUCGACAGACAGAGCAAGAAGUGAUUCUCUCUCGGAUCCUGGAAAAAGCUAUUCGACGGUCGAACGCCCUGGAUACAGAAGCGCUCUGUUUAAUUGCGGGUCAGGCGGUAUGGAGCAUACGAGCGGACGUGCAUGUUGUUGACCACGAUGGUGGACUAGUGGAUGCGAGCUGCAUCGCAGUUAUGGCGGCACUGAAACACUUCCGACGACCAGACGCGACGGUGUCGGGCGAAGGCCAUUUGACAGUCUUCACCAUGGCGGAGCGAGUCCCCGUGCCGCUCUCGCUGAUGCACGACCCGCUAUGUGUGAGCUUCUCUUUCUAUCAUGGAGGUGAAGUGUCGCUUGUCGACGCAACGCUGCAAGAGGAGCAACUGCGCGAGGGUGAACUCAUCAUCAGCAUGAACCGUCACGGGGAAGUGUGCCAGCUUGCGAAGCUCGGUGGGGUUCCCGUCGAUGCGCUCACAUUACUCAGUUGUACAAACACUGCGUUGGUUAAGGUCAAGGACCUGACCGCUCUCAUCAAUAAGAAGCUCGAUGAAGAUGCUAAGAGAAGAAAUCUGGGUGGUCUGAUGACAGAACUCAGUGCCGAGAAUGAGCGAUGA